UUUUUUUUUUUCUUUGCCUUUAAGCGUCCGCCGAACAAUGAGCGGUGUUUACCGAAAACGGCUCCGGUUGAUACAAAUCCUUUUUUCACUUCUUACUAGAGUUGUCAGUCUUCUCUUCGGCGGCAUGACAAAGUGCCUUUCAAAGGCUGAUGAGCGCCGCGCCGUUUUCGUUGGUAUGGAAUGCACAGCACAGCGUCUUUCAAAAGCUCCGGGUUGCAUGGGACGUUCUUGCGAUGGUCUGAUUGUAGGUGCGAGAUACUGAUAUUGCAACGAUAGAUUAGAUCGCGCGGAUGUAUACACCAUCCGGACCCCGCUGAACGAGACUGCACUCUUUGUCCUUAUGUUACAGCCUUCUUGUGAUGUGAAAAAAA